GCUUAGAAUCUUCUGGAAGCUCCGGCCCUCGCUCUCCAUUCCCAAUCUCCCCCAGUACAAAGCCCUCCUAUACCUAUUUCUCCCGGAAUCGAGAGCUCUCUCAGGAGGAAGAAGAAAAAGAGGGGGAACAACCCUUUCGAUCCUUUUACACGGAAAAUGGCGACGGCGAAUGCGAUCUCCUCGGCAUCCAUGCUCCGCUCCCCUCGCCAGCGGGAGGGCUUGUGGAGGAGGGUGAACCAGGGGCAGAGGCCGAGGCAGCUGGUGGUCCGCGCCAAGGCCAAGGAGAUCGCUUUCGAUCAGACCUCCAGGUCCUCUCUCCAGUCUGGAGUCGAGAAACUUGCUAAUGCCGUCGGUGUCACCCUUGGCCCCCGAGGGAGGAAUGUUGUGUUGGAUGAAUUUGGAAAUCCUAAGGUGGUUAACGAUGGGGUUACAAUUGCUCGCGCUAUUGAACUUGCUGAUCCCAUGGAGAAUGCAGGUGCAGCCUUGAUACAGGAGGUUGCAAGCAAGACAAAUGACACGGCAGGUGAUGGCACCAGUACUGCAUCAGUUCUUGCUCGUGAAAUCAUAAACUUGGGUUUAUUAAGUGUUACUUCUGGUGCAAAUCCUGUUAAUAUCAAGAAGGGAAUUGACAAGACUGUGCAGGGGCUAGUUGAGGAGCUUGAAAGGAAAGCUCGGCCUGUCAAAGGACGUGGUGAUAUUAAAGCUGUUGCUUCUAUCGCUGCCGGUAAUGAUGAGCUUGUGGGCGACAUGAUUGCUGAUGCAAUUGAUAAAGUGGGCCCUGAUGGUGUUUUGUCUAUUGAGUCUUCGUCAUCGUUUGAGACAACUGUUGUGGUUGAGGAAGGAAUGGAGAUUGACAGAGGUUAUGUUUCCCCACAAUUUGUCACGAACCCCGAGAAGUUGACUGUGGAAUUUGAAAAUGCCAAAGUUUUAGUGACCGAUCAAAAGAUUUCAACAAUAAAAGAAAUUAUUCCUUUGUUGGAGAAGACAACACAAUUGAGAGCUCCUCUGCUUAUAAUUGCCGAGGAUGUGACUGGGGAAGCUUUGGCAACCCUUGUUGUGAACAAGCUUCGGGGUAUUCUUAAUGUUGCUGCGAUCAAGGCACCUGGUUUUGGUGAAAGAAGGAAGGCAAUUCUUCAAGAUAUUGCAAUUCUGACAGGUGCUGAGUUGCAGGCCAAAGAUCUUGGCCUGUUGAUCGAGAACACAUCUGUGGAGCAGCUUGGCACGGCAAGAAAGAUCACUAUCUCUCAGAACUCUACAACCAUCAUUGCAGAUGCAGCAACAAAAGAUGAGAUCCAGGCCAGAAUUGCCCAGUUAAAGAAAGAGCUUGCGGAGACAGACUCAGUUUAUGAUUCCGAGAAGCUGGCUGAAAGAAUUGCAAAACUAUCUGGUGGCGUGGCAGUUAUAAAAGUUGGUGCUGCAACAGAGACGGAGCUUGAGGACCGCAAGCUCCGGGUUGAAGAUGCCAAGAAUGCUACAUUUGCAGCUAUAGAAGAGGGGAUUGUACCUGGCGGUGGUGCUGCGCUUGUUCACAUGUCUGCUAGUGUUCCUGCCAUGAAGGAUAAGUUGGAAGACCCAGUUGAGCGCCUGGGUGCUGACAUUGUGCAGAAAGCACUAGUAGCACCUGCAGCUUUGAUAGCUCAUAACGCAGGAGUGGAGGGGGAGGUUGUGGUGGAGAAGAUCAAGGACAGCCAGUGGGAGGUCGGUUACAAUGCAAUGACUGACAAGUUUGAGAAUCUGGUAGAAGCUGGAGUCAUUGACCCUGCAAAGGUGACCAGAUGUGCGCUGCAGAAUGCUGCCUCGGUGGCUGGAAUGGUCCUAACAACACAGGCCAUUGUGGUGGAGAAGCCAAAGCCAAAGGCUCCUGCUGCUGCACCACCCCAAGGCCUUACCAUUUGAGCAUAUUAGGUUCUCUUUCCCUUCCAGUGUUAGUCUAGAUUAAGUCGCAGAUACAAAUAUUAGUGCCAUCGGAGGAAGCGUAAUGCGGCGGGUUUGUAGUGGGGCACCCUUAAGAGUCAUUCAGCUUGUGUUUUCAUAUUCUCAUUAGUUUUUUGAGAUGCUUAAUGAAAUCAAAACUUGCUUGGUGCAAUAAUGCAAAUGGGAGCAUGUUUAAUGCGUUCUUAGUAAUAGCAAGCUUGAUUUGAAAAUAUAUGAAAACGAGGGAAUUUUCUGAA